AUGAUCUCAUUACCAUCCUACAUUUUAAGUGACGAAUCUAAAGAACGUAUUUCCAAAGUUUGGAAUAUGACCCACACUAUUGCUCAUUAUGGCUGGAUUCCAUUUAUUUUAUAUUUGGGUUGGACUCAUACUGCUAACAAGCCAAAUUUGUUCAAUUUAUUGUCCCCAUUACCAAGUGUUUAA